AUGCGAGUGUUUAUGAGAGUGUCCAAGCCACUGAGCCAGCUGUACAUAGAGAUUGCCAACUCUUACUCAACCAACAACCCAUCUGAUGUGAGCAGUGUUCUAGAAAAACAUUCUGAUCAGCUCAAUAGAGGCCAGAACAUGGGCCUAGGCAAACAAGUGGUGUCAUCACUUUAUCGAAAGAAUAUCCAGCGACUUACAAAAACCUUCCUAACGUUAUCUCUGAGUGACAUCGCCAGGAGAGUUCAUCUACAUGCACCGCAAGAGGCUGAGCAGUAUGUCAGAAAUAUGAUUGAAGAUGGUGAGAUUCAUGCAACUAUCAGCAAACAGAAUGGAAUGGUCCAUUUCCAUGACAACCCAGAAAAAUAUGACAACCCUGCAGUACUCAGACACGUCGAGCAACAGAUGCAGCAUUGUAUCAGUCUAGAUGAGAAGCUCAAGAGCAUGGAUCAAGAGAUAGCUGUUAAUCCACAGUAUGUUCAAAAGAGCAUGGGUGUACGAGAAGACGACGAAGUGGGCGGAGUCUUUGGAGGGAAAUAGGACACACUGUAUAGCUGAAUGUAGAUAAUCAUGGUGGAUUUGUGAACUGCAGGAAACAGGAAAAAAGAAAGAC